AUGGGAAACAUACCGCGUUUCCUCAUCUGCCUCACGUCCCUUCAAGGCGCUCUUGCGGCCACCCUGAUUGCAUCGCAUUAUAGCGGGCAACUCUAUACGCUGAACUUGUCGUCAACAAACCAACUCACCAUUGCGAGUUCGGUUAGCGCUGGGAAUCGGAUGCCAGCAUGGCUCGACUUUGACCCUGUCUCCAAGACUGUCUACAUCCCGGACGAAGUACAAUGGGGCCAGCCACUCUUGAAAAGCUUCUCUAUUACAGCUGAUGGGAGUUUGACGUCGAAGGGACAAGUUCAGACAACUGGGGGCGAACUUCAUAGUACACUCUAUGGACUUGAGAACGGCUACAUUGCAACUGCACAGUACGAUGCAUCGAAAAUUUCCACUUACGCCCUUCCGUUGGGCAGCACAGGUCAACCCUUGCAGAAAUUGACAUUCACCAUGUCCCAGCCAGGGCCGGUACCAUCUCGACAGGACAGACCUCACCCUCACUCCGUCUUCACGGACCCCACUGGGAAAUAUCUUCUUUGUGCGGAUCUAGGAGCCGAUCUCGUCCGUGUCUUCAGUAUUGGAUCGUCUGGCAAUCUGACUCAAUGCCCGUCUUUCUCAACAGGCCCCGGAGACGGACCUCGCCAUGGAGCGUUCAUGACAGAGGGCAAUGCAACAUCCCUAUUCACCGUAAAUGAGUUAUCAAACUCGCUGACGUCCUGGUCGGUAACCUACCCGGCAACUGGAUGCCUUAUUCUCGCGAAGAAGCAGACUCUGUCCACAUUCCCUCCUGGGAAAGCUGCACCGGUUGGCUCGAAGGCGGCUGAAGUUCACGUCAAGGACAACUUUGUGUACACAUCAAACAGAAAUGAUCAGUCGUUCGGGGCACAGCAAGACUCCAUUACGUCCUACACAAUCGAGCCUUCAACAGGUUUGGCCACGUAUCUUGAGACAACGAGCGCUUACUCGUUCUUCCCUCGCACAUUUUCGAUCAAUGGUGCCGGGACUAUGGUUGCCAUGGGUGGACAGACGAGUGCCAAUGUUGCGAUUGUGGAAAGGAACACCACUACGGGUAGACUUGAGAAGCUUCUUGCAACUCUCAAGGUUGGCAAUCCAGGGACUGUGAAUCAAGAGGAUGGACUCAGCGCUGUGAUCUGGAAUGAGUAA